AUGUCCAUCGUAGCCGAACGAUCUAACGACGCCAAAGAAAUUUACGACUCAAUUGCCGAACAAUAUGUGGAUUUCAAAAAAGCUCCAUAUCGCACAGCAGUCGAACAGUAUACAUUCUUUGAUACAAUGUUGUUGAAGAACGAACGUGAACAUGGCAAAAAUGCACGCAUUCUUGAUUUAGCUUGUGGUGAUGGACAUUACACGCGCAAAUUACGAGAUUUGUUUCCUGAUGCGUCAUAUAUAUGUGGAAUUGAUAUUAGUUCAUCGAUGAUCGAUAUUGCUAAACAACGUGAAACUGAGUCUCCAAAAAAUAUCGAUUAUAUUUGUGCCGAUGGUAAAGAUUUGCCCGUUAGCGAGGCACCUUAUGAUAUAAUCACUGCCGUCUAUUAUUUAAAUUAUGCUCAAACACGUGAUGAUCUUCGUGCAAUGAUUAAAAGUGCUUGUGACCAACUUAAGCCUGGUGGAUCAUUUUAUUUAAUGAAUGAAAAUGUUUGUAGUUCGAGUGAUGCAUUCAAUAAUCCAAUGCACAAGAAGUACACAUUUUUUCGAGAACAUUCAGGUGAUACUCUGCGUGAAGGUCAACCCAUUAAAUAUACGUAUUAUUGGGAUGUUAACAAGCCUUCCAAAUGUGUUUUUUUCAAUUAUUAUAUGUUUCCUUCAACUUAUGAAGAUUUAUUCAAAGAAUGUGGUUUUUCAUCGUUCGAAUGGGUUCCGGUUCAAUGCAAUCCAAAGAUUGACAAUGUUUCGUUUUUCGAUGAUCUUGUUCGUUUACCUCAUGUCAUCGGAGUUAUCGCCAAGAAAUGA